AUGUCAGAAUCUCCCAGCGACUUCAUCUCGUCCCUAAACGGCAUAUGCGGUCUGCCCCGGCCGCAUCACGACGCCGCUCGCCACGGACUGCAAUCCGCAGAGACAGGCCUGGCGACGUGGAGCUUCGCACCCUUGGAGAACGCACAUUCGCACACACAGGAGGAUGCACUCCCUGCCACGCGAGAUGUGGUUCAACAUCACCCUGCAGCACUACCGCACUCGCUCGCUGUCCCGACGACAGGGCGCUGUCCGCUGCUGGAGCUACCAGCUGAGUUGCGUGAGCUGAUCUGGCUGCACGCGGUUACCGAAUGGGCGCCAGUUGAAGAUGCUAGUACAGACGCGGAGGCUGAUCCCUCUGGAGCGAGGCUGCUUGACAGACGGCCGAUACGAAUGGACAGAUUCAACCAUGGUGGACCACCGUCACUCACCCGCGUGUCGCAUCAACUCCGUGCGGAGACCCUACACCUGUACUAUGAGCAGAACAUCUUUGAGUGCUGGCGGCCGCUGUAUGCAAGCUUCCAGCCCCUUUCACAAGGUUGAGACGAUACUAAUGCGGUCCUACAGCUUCUGGCACAAAGACUGGAGCAACAGCACCCUCAUUGACUGGCUCACGUCACUAGGGCCUGAACGGACUUGCUGGCUGCAGCAAGUUGUAUUGUUGUACAAGCAUGAAGCUGAGCUAGAGCACGACGUCGAACAAGCUCUUGUUGAUGACGGAUUCGUGCUAGCGGAAGGUGCCAUCAGCAGUAAACAAGAACUCAGCGAGUACGAGAAGAGUUUUGAGACGCUUGGUCUUCCAAGGCAUUUUGGCAAAAAGCGACGCUGGGAUCGCUGGACGGCAGGUGUUUCGAGCUGA